GUCUGUUUGAGCCUGGAGAUCUUCCCUAUGACCUGGAGAGAAACAAUGAGACAGAUCCUUCACUGACAGAGAUGGUGGAGGUGGCCAUUAAGAUCCUGAAGAAAAACCCCAGCGGAUUCUACCUGCUGGUGGAGGGGGGGCGCAUCGACCACGGACAUCACGACGGUAAAGCCAAGCAGGCCCUGCAUGAGGCAGUGGAGAUGGACCGGGCUAUUGGCCACGCCGGCCUCCUGACCAGCAUAUAUGACACAAUGACUGUCGUCACUGCUGACCACUCUCACAUGUUCAACUUUGGAGGCUACACUCCAGGGGAACACAAUUUUGGACUAAAUUCCAUUUUGAGUGAUGUGGACCAGAAGCCCUUCACAGCCAUCUUAUAUGGGAAUGGACCAGGGUUUAAAGUAGUCAAUGGUCUGAGAGAGAACAUCUCCACCCUUGGCUAUGAGGAAAAUAACUACAAGGCCCAGUCUGCAGUGCCGCUGAGUAUGGAGACUCAUGGAGGAGAGGAUGUGGCUGUGUUUGCUAAGGGCCCUAUGGCUCACCUGCUGCACGGUGUCCACGAGCAGAACUACAUUCCCCAUGUCAUGGCUUAUGCUGCCUGCAUUGGCCAGAACAGAGACCACUGCAUGUCAUCCAGUGGAGCCUCUAGUCUCAGUGCUGCUCUGCCCAGCCUGACAGCUCUCCUCACACUCAUCCGUCUCCUCUGCUGACCUUUCACCCCAACCCCCCUCCUGCACUACCCCAACCCUCCUCUUAGUAUACAUGUAAUACUCCCACAUAUUGUUGUCCAGUUGCAAUGCAUAUUUUCUUCUUACCAUUUAAAAAAUAUUUUUAAUUCUAUAAUGACCACUGCAAGGGCA